AUGGCUGAUGUUCCUCUUGUUUCCGUCAAUCUUGCUUCCCUAGCAAUAGAAAGUUUUCUCUAUGGCAUCUUCUUCGUCCUCUUCGUGACUACUACGUGGUUUCUGCUCCAGCGAGCGAAGCACGAACAAGCAGGUAUUCAAUCGGCUUUCCGAAGGCCUCUAUUCUUGGCAGGAAUUGCCAUGUUUUUGACCAUCACCGCCCACUGGGUACUCAGCGUCGUGCGCGCAUUCGACGCCUUCGUGCACUUCGAUGGAGGGAAAUCCCCUUUGGAGUUUUAUGCCUAUCCGAGUAGACCAGCAGCGAUUGCGAAAAUCGGCCUGGUGAAUGUGACGCUGCUUCUCGGAGAUGCAAUUCUCAUCUAUCGCCUCUGGGUGAUCUCAGGGUACUGCAGAAUGAUUGUUGCGUUGCCUAUAGUUUUUUUCCUAGGCUCUCUCGCCUCAUGUGCGGCCCUCACAUAUCUGGCCUCAAGAGCAAAUGCAGCUACUGGAUCCUUUUAUACUCCAGAGGAUUUCUCGACCGCUGCUGCGACUACAUUUACGCUCGUCACCAACAUAUUGUGUUCUUCACUUAUUGCGUUCAAGUUGUGGCGGACACACGCCGACGUCGGGCUCGCCGGUGUGAAGGCCUACGGCGGUGGCAAUCUCAAGCUCACGCGCGUGCUCGUCAUAUGCAUCGAGAGCGCCGUCCUCUACGUUACCUGGACCGCCCUCUACCUCGGCGUGUACGCGUCGCGCUCUGUCCUCCAGCUGGCGAUCGCCGACGCAUGGGGCCCGAUCUCCGGCAUCGCGUUCAUGCUCAUCAGUGCCCGCGUCGCGCUCGUCCGCGCACAGAGCCAGCAGUCGGCUGCGAGUUACGUCAACGACCUUGCGCUCGCCGUCAGCGCGAACAAUGUCGGUGCGGUGUUCGAGCGGCCGACGACUCCCCCUUGCGAUACUGUCAAGACGGAUGGAGAAGAUGUGGGUAAUAUUGUCGGAGACGAGGAAAACGUGCGGACACUGAUGCUUGGAACCUUAGACGAUGGCAGCUAA